GCAUAAUAAAAUAAACUACUUCUUAUCUAUAAAACAUUUCAAAAUGCAUCGGUGUAUGGAAUUGGAAAAAUUACAAGAGGUACCCGGAAAUGAGGGCACGGAAAUUUUCCCAAAACCAGAUCACUAUGGAGCAAGGUGUAUUAAAAAUGACUUUUCAAUUACUCAGCUGAGCACAAAUGAUUGGCAUGCUAAGAACAAAGAGAUUUUUGAUAACGCUACAAGAAUUUUUGACGAAACCAAAAGGAAUGAAUACAUUUCUAAAACACAAGCCACACAUUUGUUGGCCCAGAGUGACAAAAUGCAACAAGAAAACUAUACAAAUGUAAAAAAUAGAGUAAAGUUUAUAAAUGAGAUGAAAACUGCACUACAUAGAGCAAUAUCUGCAAUGAAAGACGAAAUAACGACACUGGAAGAAGACGAAAUAAGAAUUCAAAAUUCGUCUAUUGCUCUACGAAUACCAGAGUCAAUUACUAAAGAAUGCUUAUCAAAGCGAUCUUAUCGACCGGAAACUGAGCUCACUCUCGAUGACCCAGAAAAUGAAUUGAUUAAGGAACUUAAUUUAAUUUCAGAAAUAAAAAUUAAACUUCGAAAUGCUCUUUCGGAAAUUCAGGAGCAAAAAAUCGAAAACAGGAAUGCAAGGCAGCGAUUGGAGUAUGAUUGGAGUGACAAAUCUGAGGCUUAUGAAAUAGAGUCGAAAGUUUGUGGCUUAAACAACAAAUCAACGCUAUUAAUGAAUCAACCAGGUGUCACCAGUACAUCAGCUGAACAAUCUUCGGAACAAUUUUGGGAACAUUUUACAAAGGAAACUUUAAGCGAAUGUGAAAAAUGCCGAAUAAAAUCAGUUAAACUGCGAGGCCGUUUGACUUCGAUGAUAUUAUGUGUAACAAGAGAUCUCCGAAUCCAAGCUGACAACACAGAAAGAGCAUUGACCUUACGCAUUAACUGUACGCAAGAAACCGUUCAACGUAUGGAAAAUGAACUUGAAGAGUGUCUUAAAAAACUAGCGGAGAAUGAUAACUGUAUUCAACAAAUGAUCAAAGCUAUUAACAGUUUCGAUUCACCUACUAAAGUCGCUCAUACUCGAUUGUACUACAGAAACUAUCGCCCACGCGUAGAAAACUGUAACGAUCGUACUCAAAGUGGUCUAAUAAAUGAAAUUAACAAUAUUGAAGACGGAGUUUCAAACUUAAUUGCGGUGUUAAAAGAAUCUGAAGAAAAGAGAAAUCAAUUAAAUAUAAAUCGUAACAAAUUAGAACGAGAAAUUAUUUUCAAACGAAAAACAAUUAUGUUGGACGCUGAAAGAUGUACAGCCCUAAGAUCCCGUUACCCGUCUGCAACUGCACUCAGUGGUUUUUUAAAUACACUUUAAGUUGGUCUUAAAAACACUUUAAGAAAUUAUUUUGAUUGCAUAAAUUGUACGCACCUUAUGAUUAAGAACUUUAAUUUCGCACUAGUAGCACCACGAACUUGAAUUUGUAAACUUUUUAUUAUACCAAUUUUUUUGGUAAA